AUGUCGCUCAAGCAGGUGGGUAGAACCAAUCGAUUGAGAAGCUCUUCUAACGUUGAGCAGGAGAUAGAGACAUGGGUCGAAGCCCUGACUCACUACGACAACCAGGAGUUUGAGGAGGCCUUGACGACGUUCGAUGCGAUUGCAGACACAUCCAAAAUCCUCUUCAAUUGUGGUGUCAUUCAUGCCACCAUUGGCGAGCAUGAUCGAGCGGUGGAAUGCUAUCAACGUGCGAUCAAGCUCGACCAGUACUUGGCUGUGGCAUAUUUCCAACAAGGCGUAUCCAACUUCCUCGUGGGCGAUUUUGAAGAAGCCUUGGCCAAUUUCAACGACACUCUGUUGUACCUGAGAGGGAAUACAUAUAUCGAUUAUGAACAAUUGGGAUUGAAGUUCAAGCUGUACUCUUGUGAGGUACUGUUCAACCGAGGACUUUGCUAUAUGUAUCUCCAGCAGGUGGACGCCGGUUUGCAGGAUUUUGGCUUCGCGCAGAAGGAGAAGAUGACCUCUGAUCACGAUGUGAUAGAUGAUGCCAUCAAGGAGAAAGCAGCGGGUUAUGUUGUGUUCAGCAUUCCUGUCGGUUGCGUGUACAGACCGAACGAAGCUAAAGUCAAGAACCUCAAGGCGAAAGACUAUCUGGGCAAGGCUCGACUUAUAGCCACCUCGAAUAGCCAGAACACCGGGACAGGUUUCCAAGGCAUUGAACGAAGACAAGCCAUAGCUACCCAAAUGGCAGCCAAGGACGAUCGGCCACCCGAGAACAUCAGUUUCGCCGCCACCAACCUUGUGCAACGCAAUCUGUCGAGCAGGCUGCCCAGAGAUCAGAGUGCUCCUCCUGUUAUGAACAGAAACGUUUUUCCUCCCACGCCGCCUCCAGAGACGGAGAAGCCCAGGGUGACGAGCGGCGGAUCCAUGACCCUGCCACUGCGGACUGCCUCCCUGCGCAAUCAAAGGAACGUGGGCUAUCCGAAACAAGGGCUUGACCAGCCCAGACCCGGCGUUCUCGGCCGCUCCGCGACAUUUGACGUUGGCGGAAAUGUUCCCCCUGCUAGAAGCCGAAUGGCACCACCGGCGCAACGGGAGAACUCAUGGUCAGAAGAGCCUGUGAUGGUGGAGCGGCCCAUGCCACAGAUGGACAGAUCGCGGUAUGGAUCCCAAAGGACCGCAUCGGAACCACGUGGCCCAUCGUCACGGCGUCAAAUGAUGGAUAGGUCUCUUUCUCAGAGAGCCCCAGCCCCAUUGUUCCGAGAGACCACGGAAUCCCGAUAUGACGAGCCAAAUGAUGCUGUUGAAGAUGUCUACCGCAUGUACGCUAGCCCGCGAAGACGCCCAGGCCGGCCCGAGCAGCAGGCGUACAUCGACGAGGAAGACGAGUUUAUCGACGAAGAGUACGUGAGCGAAGGCAUGAGCGGCUUUGAACCUGUCCGACGACCCACGUCAAGAUCUGCCCGAGGCAGUAACCGACCCGAAAUGCGUAAGGUUCGAGUCAAAUGUCAUUUCAACGACGAUACGAGAUAUCUUAUGACCGGCGCAGUGAUAGAUUUUGGUGAUUUCGAAAGCAAGAUUCGCGAGAAGUUUGGGAUUAAAGAGCAAAUGAAGAUUCGUAUGCAAGAUGAUGGGGACAUGAUCACCAUGGGUGACCAGGACGAUCUGGAGAUGUUAUUGAGUAGCGUGCGCAAACAGGCGAGAAAGGAGAAGAACGAGAUGGGCAAGAUGGAGGUCUGGAUCUCUACCCCCACGUAG